AUGGGUUAUCUUUUCGCUUUGGAGAUGUCUCCUUCCACAAAAAAAGAGCAAACAGGAAAAACAAAAGUUGUGGUCGAUUUCUCCAAACGACCUUUUAGGGUUUUCACUGAUUCCAGAACCGUCGAGGCCGAGUCCGUCAUCGUUGCCACUGGAGCCGUCGCCAAGCGGUUGCCGUUCACUGGCUCUGGCGACGGUCCCGACGGGUAUUGGAACAGGGGGAUCUCGGCUUGGGUGGUGUGCGACGGUGCGGCUCCUAUUUUCAGGAACAAGCCGCUGGCGGUGAUCGGCGGUGGGGAUUCGGCCAUGGAGGAAGCACGUUCCUCACCAAUUUUCGCUCCAUCUUCAACUAUAAAUUUCUCUCUCGAUCCACUAGGGUGCUCUGCAUGCUUGCGUUCAUAUAAUACCCUUACUGGGGCUGGGAAGUUUGAAGGGUUGAAAGAUAGAUUCGACAAGGCAGCAAGAAGGAAUGAUGUGAAAGCAAUAGUUUUGACUGGUAAAGAAGGAUUUAUGGCACUUGCUGCAAUUGGAGCCACAACUAUUGGGUCAAUUGAGGUAACGGAGCAACAUUUUUGUGCUCAACCUUCUUCGUAUUCUGCUACUCAUCAGCCAUAG